AUGUGUGACCUGCUGCCACGAGAAAAGGUCAACCAGUGGCAGUACCAGGACAGUAACAUGCAGAAGUUGGUGCAUGACCUCACCAGUUGUCUGGAACAGCGUCUGGACACUAAGCUGCUUCUCUAUGACCUGUGUACUAUCAUCAAAACAGCCACGAAAGCAGAUGGAUUUGCCCUUUAUUUCAUGGGAGAAUGUAACAAUAGUGUGUGUUUGUUUAAACCAACGGUGGCUGAGGACGGUCCUCCCACCCUCAUCCCAGCUGGCCCGGUCACGUUUGGGACCACCAUCGCCACACACGUGGCCACAACACGCCAAACUCUGCUAGUAAAGGACAUCACAGGGGACCAGCGUUUCCCAGAAGGCACAGGUCAGGACUCAGACUCAGGGAUUCAUGUUCACUCUGUCCUGUGCCUCCCCAUCCUCACGGCUAUCGGUGACCUCAUAGCUAUCCUGGAGCUGCAUCGGCACUGGGGCAACGAGCCCUUCAAUACCAGCAACCAGGAGGUUGCGACGGCGAGUUUAGCAUGGGCAUCUGUAGCUAUUCACCAAGUACAGGUGUGCAGAGGCCUAGCCAAACAGACGGAGCUCAAUGACUUCCUGCUAGAAGUGUCAAAAACGUACUUUGACAACAUUGUGGCAAUAGAUUCUCUACUUGAACAUAUAAUGAUAUAUGCAAAAAACCUGGUGAAUGCGGACAGAUGUGCACUGUUCCAGGUGGACCACAAUAACAAUGAACUGUACUCAGACCUGUUUGACAUCGGGGAGGAGAACGAGGGCAAACCUGUCUUCAGGAAAACCAAAGAGAUUAGGUUUUCUAUAGAGAAAGGUAUAGCGGGCCAAGUGGCACGGACGGGGGAGGUCCUUAACAUCCCAGACGCCUAUGCAGACCCACGCUUUAAUAGAGAGGUGGACCUCUAUACGGGAUACACCACGCGGAACAUCCUAUGCAUGCCCAUCGUUUCCAGGGGGACCGUAAUAGGGGUCGUACAGAUGGUUAACAAGCUGAGUGGAAGUGCCUUCACCAAAACAGACGAGAACAACUUCAAGAUGUUCGCCGUCUUCUGUGCUCUAGCCUUACACUGUGCCAACAUGUACCACCGGAUCAGGCACUCUGAGUGUAUCUACAGGGUAACCAUGGAGAAGUUGUCCUACCACAGUAUCUGUACUUCAGAGGAGUGGAAGACCCUCACACAGCUGGACCUUCCUACACCCCUAUACAAAGAGAUAGAACUGUUUCAUUUUGACAUUAGUCAGUUUGAGGAGCUGUGGCCGGCUGUCUUUGUAUACAUGGUCCACAACUCAUGUGGAGAGACCAGUUUUGAGUUGGAGAAGUUGUGCAGGUUCACAAUGUCUGUGAGGAAGAAUUAUCGGCGUGUUCCCUACCACAACUGGAAACAUGCGGUGAACGUGGCUCACUGUAUGUACGCCAUACUGCAGAAGACCACCGGCAUCUUCACUGAAAUAGAGAAGAAGGGUCUGCUGAUAGCCUGUCUAUGUCAUGAUCUGGACCAUCGAGGAUACAGUAACACCUACCUGCAGAAGUUUGACCAUCCUCUAGCUGCCUUGUACAGCACAUCUACAAUGGAGCAGCACCACUUCUCCCAGACUGUAUCCAUCCUCCAGCUGGAAGGGCACAAUAUUUUCUCCAACCUGACUUCCAUUGAGUACGAGCAAGUUCUAGAGGUCAUCCACAAGGCCAUCAUCGCUACAGACCUGGCGCUCUACUUCGGCAACCGCAAACAGCUAGCUGAACUACUGAGCACUGGAGCUCUGGACCUGGACAACCACCAACACAGGGACCGUGUGAUUGGUCUGAUGAUGACAGCAUGUGACCUGUGUUCCGUUACCAAGCUGUGGCCAAUCACGCGACUCACAGCCAAUGAUAUCUACGCUGAGUUCUGGGCUGAGGGGGAUGAGAUGAAGAAGAUAGGUAUACAGCCCAUCCCUAUGAUGGACAGAGAUAAGAAGGAAGAGGUUCCUCAGGGGCAGGUGGGGUUCUACAAUGCUGUUGCACUCCCAUGUUAUACCACCUUAUCUGAGCUCUUCCCCCCUUCUGGCCCUCUGCUACAAGCCUGCAAGGAGAACCUUGGCCAGUGGGAGAAGAUAGUGAAUGGAGAGGAGGAGGACAGUGGAGUGAGAGGAGUGUGGGCUCCGUCAGAGCCUGUUGACCCCAGGGCAGAGCCUGUUGACCCCAGGGCAGAGCCUGUUGACCCCAGGAUAGAGCCUGUUGACCCCAGGGCAGAGCCUGUUGACCCCAGGGCAGAGCCUGUUGACCCCAGGGCAGAGCCUGUUGACCCCAGGGUAGAGCCUGUUGACCCCAGGGCAGAGCCUGUUGACCCCAGGGCAGAGCCUGUUGACCCCAGGGCAGAGCCUGUUGACCCCAGGGUAGAGCCUGUUGACCCCAGGGUAGAGCCUGUUGACCCCAGGGUAGAGCCCAGCAUGGAGGAACCAUCUAACCCUGACUCAGGCCCUGUGAAGGUGGACAACUGACUAGUAGUGAAGCCACUGCUCGCCCUCACUACCACGCAAGUCAAUACGCCAUCACUACCACACGCCCUCACUACCACAUGCCCUCACUACCACACGCCCUCACUACCACACGCCCUCACUACCACAUGCCCUCACUACCACAUGCCCUCACUACCACGCAAGUCAAUACGCCAUCACUACCACACGCCCUCACUACCACAUGCCCUCACUACCACACGCCCCCACUACCACACGCCCUCACUACCACACGCCCUCACUACCACGCAAGUCAAUACACCCUCACUACCACAUGCCCUCACGACCACACGCCCUCACUACCACACGCCCUCACAAUGUCCCCUGCCAGCAGGUGUGUGUACUUCCUGUCUGGACUUCCUGUGUCAGCGACUCAAUUCCUUCUGCAACAGGAAGGGGCGGGAAACAUGCGUAGGGACGAGGGUAGAUGAUUGGUGGAUUUACUGACAAGGGGAUUAUUUUCAGAAACACACAGUUACCUCAUUGGGUGAGGGAGGAGAGGAGGUAACACAGACGGUGACACCACUCCCGUAGACACGGACAGAGGACCGCAGGGGUGUGUUCAUUAGGCACCAAACGCAAACAAACGGGCCGAAACAGGGAGAGACUACCUGAGCCGGUCCAAUAAGAAACAGUUGUUUUACGAUUUCCGUUGCAAAAUGUUUGUCACUGAUGAAUACAGCCGAGUGGGGAUUCGGCACCAAUCACCUGAUCCACCAACCAUCUGAUCCACCAGUCACCUGAUCCACCAACCACCUGAUCCACCAGUCACCUGAUCCAC